GUCCACGCUGUCAGCAAAGCAAUCCUGCAAGUAAACCAACAAGAAUACCAACAUCGUGUGCAGAGGGCUUUAGAAAACCGGUUUAAGAAGUUCCAGUCCUGUACACACGAUCGUAGUUUCAAGAUUAAAUCAAAAUGGAGGGUGACAAUGAGGCUAAUAUCGAAUUGAGUAAAGAUAAAAAGUCAUAUAUCGAUAUUCCAGAAGCGGAUUUUGUGGAAGAUGUUGAUUCAUUUAUGGCUCAACGUGAAAACGAUGGAUCAGUUGACAAAGCACUUAAGAAGUUCGAUGAGAAUCAUAGCAAAUAUAAACUUAUGGAAUACAACUUGGUUAACAAACGGAAGAGACUAAAAGCACAAAUUCUGGAACUAGAACGAUCUUUGGAAAUGAUAGAAAAGCUGCAGACAGAAAAGGAUAAUAGUCAUGAUUUAGAGACUCAAUUUCUUUUAUCGGAACAAGUUUUUGUUAAAGCUAUCGUACCUCCUACUGAAAAGGUUGGCCUCUGGCUUGGAGCCAAUGUGAUGCUGGAAUAUUCCUUAGAUGAUGCACAAGAAUUCCUAAUAAAGAAUAUCGAAGCCGCCAAGAGAAACUUAGGAUACGUCGAACAUGAUUUAGACUUUGUAAGAGAUCAGUUUACUACGAUUGAAGUAAAUAUGGCCCGAGUGUACAAUUGGGGUGUGAAACGAAGACAAGCAGUCUUGAUGUAAUGAAAUUCAAGAAUGGGAACCUAUGUCAUAACUGACUGAUUUAUGGAAGUACAUUUCCCUGCUCCUAAUUAUAAAAGAACACGAGCGUGUUUAUAAAUAAAGCCACUUUUAAUGGACCGCACUGUGCAUUUAUCUUAAUAGAAAAAUGGCGAUUCAUUAAAGAAUAAAGCAUAAAAUACUAUUAAUUCACACUGGUAAUGAAAAAUUAUUCUUCUGUAUUUAUGUUUUAAGCUAAGCACUGCAAAUUCUUGAUCACGAUUACAAAAUAUAGUAGCUCCAAAUAUAUUGUUUCAAUGCUUUGCCAUUGACCAGAAAUGCCUGUGAACUUUAUACCUAUUUUAA